UUCAACCCCAUUUCACAUAAACCAUGUUAGCCAACAAGUUUGGUUCCUUCAAAAAGCUAGCCAAAAGGGUCAAAGUCAAGCGCACCUUGGUUCGCAACGAGCCAUCGCACCAUGACCACCUGUUAAAGACCACCUACGAAGAACAAGAAGAAGAAGACGACGACGGGUGCACCGGCCGAUCAUUGACCCCAACCGGAUUCUUUGCCAUUUAUGUAGGUGAUGAGCUACGAAGGUUUGUGGUUCCCACUGGAUACCUCUCUCAUCCACUCUUUAAGAUGUUGUUAGAGAAAGCUUAUGACGACGAAGAGCGGAAUAACCGGUUGGUGGUUCCGUGUAGCGUGGCAGCUUUCCGACAGGUGGUUAACACGGUUGAACGUUGCAAUGGCAUGUUUGAUCUUCGACAUUUGGUUGAAGAGCUUAUUUGAGGAUUUUAUUUUCAUAAACGUUAGAUUAUUGUUAGUGGUAAUUAGGUAUUUAGCCGAGAAUAUUUGGAACCUCGUUAGUUUAAUCUCCAAAAAAGUCGAAUGUUCCAACAUAUAUCGAAGAGAAAGGGUUAAUGUCUAGCUGAUACAACAUGAACAAUUCAUGUUCUCGUGCGUUAGGUCCAUUUUGUGAGUCGUAUUGUCGUAAAGAUCUGUAAGAAGUUAAUGAUUUAUAUGAGUUCCACGAUGUU